GUGGAAAUCGAGCGGCUCGUUGGCGCUUCUGGCAUGGGAGCUCGCACUGCCAUUGAUGGCCAAGUGCCCAUCAUCGACAUGAGCAAAGAGGGUGCUGCCGAUGCUAUCUGGGAAGCUGCGCAAAGUCCAGGUUUUUUCACGGUGACGAAUCAUGGCAUCCCUCUGGAGCUCAUCGAGCGCACCUUCGGGAGGUCGGCGAAGUUCUUCGAUCAAAGCAAGGAGCAGAAGCAAGAGCAAAGCCCUUUCGCCAAAGACUUGAACGCUGGCUACGAGUGCUUUGUCUUUGAAGGAAUGGGUGGAUGUGAUGCCAUGGAAAAAGCACUUCUUCAGGGAUGA